CAUUUGACCCAAUCAUCUCUGUUUUGUUCUGUUUUUAUCUUUUCAAUGGACACCACAUGUCGCUGCCUGUUGACCCCCACCAUCCAGCCAGUCUUGCUCAAAAUGCUCUAUCGACUCGUUGCCGCAAUUUUGCUCCUUGGAGCUGUUCAGGCCACAAUCAACUGUGCUGCUAUUCCGACAUCAUUGUGGUGCUCGAAUAAGGAUCUUGAGGCGAAAUGUGGAUUCGCUUCCUUCUGUGAUAAACAUCGCGCCGCCACUCACAAUCAAAAAAUCAACAUCACUGUUCUGAUCGAAGCUCUCUGCCCAGACUGCCAAAACUUCCUCACCAAGCAACUAUACCCAAUCGUCUUCAAAAACUUUGCCAACUAUGUCAACAUUGAACUAGUCCCAUUCGGAAAUGCAAAGGUCCUGGAAGAUGGAACAAUCAAGUGCCAGCACGGAGAGGAAGAAUGCUCGAUUAACAAGUUCGAAGGAUGCUUCAUCGACUCCAUGCAAGACCAGAGCCCACUUCCAACUCUUUCUUGUAUUGAAGAGAGUCUUCAGAAGAAGGUUGAAUUUGCAGAUGCUGUUCAACAAUGUUUCGAAAAACUUCAAAUUGGAGGGGAUAUUCAGAGAUUGACACAAUCCUGUUUGGUGUCAAAGCUCGGAGCUGAUCUUCAAAAUAAAGCCGCCGCGGCCACAGCCAAUGUUUGGCCUGAGCAGCACAAGUUCGUCCCAUGGGUGAUCAUCAAUGGGGUCUCUCUCACCAGCUUCCAAGGAUUCCAAAACCAACUUCCAACCCUCCUCUGCGAAUGGUAUUCUGGAGACAAGGCCAUUCCAUACUGUGAGGCUGCUCUCAAAUUGAAGUACAAGAAGGCCAGUAUUAGAAGCUUCUUUUAAAGUGUUCCCUUAUAAAGUAAUUCGAAUAAAAUAUUAGCAAU